UCCCAGCUAUUUAACACCACCGUCAUUCAACGUGGUAAGGUGGGCUCGUCCAGUGUCACUCACCGAAAGCUUUGAGAUUGGCCUUCGUAGACAAUGGCCCUUCGCAAAACAGACUCCAACUCUCAGUCGAAUAUCGAAUCUGGUCCUCUGGCCUCCCUGUACCUGUCUAUGCGCUUGGGAUUGGGGGAACGCAUCUACGGGAGUUAUGAAUCCAUUACCCGGAUCAGCCCCAAGCUGGUGCUCAAAUGUGGGCCCGAAAUCCGCCACUCUGAGGCGCUUACAAUGCAAUACAUCGCCGCCAAGACGACGAUUCCGGUCCCACGCGUCCACAGUGUUUUCCAGAACCGUGAUGGCCGCCUCCGAAUCCUGAUGGACUACGUCGCGGGCGAUGAGCUGGAGAAGGUCUGGGACCAGAUGACGCCGGACCAGCAGCACGACGUCGUCCGCCAGCUGCGCGGCUUCCUCGCGCAGCUCCGUGCGCUACCGCCGCCGCAUCCCGGGGCCGUCGAGGCUGUGGACGGCACGGCCUGCAAGGACUUCCAUAUCCGGCCGAACAGCACGGGCUUCGGACCCUUCCCCUCCGUUACGGAGUACCAGGAGUUCUUGGGCUACCGCUCGCUGAUGACGACGCACCGGGGGCAGUUCCCACAGCACGAGGCGUCGCUCCGGCUCUGCGAGCAACGCGCAGCGGCCGGCGCGUAUCGCACCGUCUUCACACACUGUGAUUUGGCGCCGCGCAAUAUCAUCGUCCGCGGCUCUACCAUUGUGGCGGUCCUGGACUGGGAGAUGGCCGCGUGGAUGCCCGAGUACUGGGAGUACACGACCGCCGCGUUCACGAACAGCAGCAUACCGACAUUCUGGGACAUGAUGAAGGAGCAUGGGUUUCCUGAGCAGUAUCCCGCUGAGUUUGAUGUUGAAUGCUGUAUGUCUGCGCUGUGUACUCGGUAUUAG